GCAGCUCCUCCUCGCCAUUGAUCGCCAUGGCAGCAGUCCAUAGCCUGCUCGCUUCCCUUCCCAACCAAUUUGCAGUCGCCGGCUCCGGCGUCAACUCCCGAUCUCCUGUUUUAACAAUCAAGGCGAGCUCUAAAGGCGUUUCACUGGCUGAGAACGGUUAUUCAAGGAGAAGGCAGAUUUUAGUUGGAGUUGGAGCCUUCGCCAGUAUUUUUUCACAGGAAAAAAUAGCAUUUGCUGAAGAAGUUCCAAAGAACUACGAAGCUUUCGUGGAUUUCAUAGAUGGAUACACAUAUUAUUACCCUUCUGAUUGGAGAGACUUUGAUUUUAUGGGCCAUGACUCAGCAUUCAAGGAUCGUUUUGCAGCAUUGCAGCAUGUUAGAGUCAGUUUCAUUCCGACCGAAAAGAGAGAUGUCCAUGACUUAGGACCUAUGGAGGAGGUCAUUUUCAACUUAGUAAAGAACGUAUAUGCUGCGCCGAAUCAAACUCCAACCAUUUACGAAAUGAGGGAGCGAUCUCUUGAUGGAAAGAACUACUGGACCUUUGAAUAUGAGCUUGCAACUUCUUUCUUUGGUCGGACAGCCUUUGCAACCAUAGCAAUCGGCAACGGGCGAUACUACACGUUGGUGGUAGGUGCAAAUGAGAGGAGAUGGAGUAGAGUUCGGAACCAGCUCAAGGUGGUCGCGGACUCUUUCAAAAUUUUGGAUAUAUAGAUUCAAAGAUUCCAAUGCUAUCAAAUAGUCUAAUCCAACUGUUAUUAUUCAUAGAAGAAAUGUAUUUUGUCUCAGACAGAACAAUGGUAUAUAAAAGUUCUCACAUCUAA